AUGCAGGCGCGGUGGGCAGGCCCGGUCGGGUCGAGUCUGCUUCUGGCUCCAUCGCCCUCCCUCUCCCUCGACGACCUAUCUACAUCUACCAUGCUCGUCCUCGCCGGCGCCUCCGUCUUCCACCCGCCUCAGCGCGCCGCGCUCCUCGCGCGCGUGCACGCUGCGGCCCCGCACAUCUCGUCGGUCGACGCCGUCUACGCCCACUUUGUCGAGCCGGUCUCGGACGAGGCGGGCAAGGCGCUCGCCGACGUGCAGUCCAAGGAGCGCCAGGUCCUCGACGCCCUGCUCAAGUACGGCGACGACUAUGCGCUCCCGGGCACCCGCAGCGCCGUCAACACGGCCAUCGACCUCGGCUGCGCGCCGGGCGUCAUCUGGGUCGUGCCUCGCGCCGGCACCAUCUCGCCGUGGUCGUCCAAGGCGACCGACAUCGCCAAGAUGUGCACGCUCGACGGCACCGUCCGCCGCAUCGAGCGCGGCCUCAUCUUUGUCGUCGAGACCGAGGGCAAGGCGCUGCGAGCGGCCGACCUCGGUCUCGUCGCGCACCACCUGCACGACCGCAUGACCCAGAUGCUCGCCGACACCAAGCCGGCCGACAAGGCCCUGUUCGAGCGCGGCACGCCGGCGCCCCUCACGACCAUCGUCCUCAAGGACAAGACGGUCCAGGAGGCCAAGGACAAGCUCGUGCGCGCCAACCAGGAGCUCGGCCUCGCGCUCGGCGGCGAGGAGCUCGACUACCUCGUCGAGUGCUUCCUCGCGUCGGCCGCCUCGGGUCGCGACCCGACCGACGUCGAGCUGUUCAUGUUCGCCCAGGUCAACUCGGAGCACUGCCGCCACAAGAUCUUCAACGCGGCGUGGGUCAUCGACGGCCAGGCGCAGGACAACUCGCUGUUCGCCAUGAUCCGCAACACGCACAAGAUCACGCCCGAGCACACCAUCUCGGCCUACUCGGACAACGCCGCCGUCAUCGACGGCUCGGUCGUGCCGCGCUUCGCCGCCGGGCCCUCGGACGCCGCCGCCCUCCCCGUGUACCAGGCCAAGGACGAGCACAUGCCCAUCCUCAUCAAGGUCGAGACGCACAACCACCCGACCGCCGUCUCGCCUUUCCCCGGCGCCGCGACGGGCUCGGGCGGCGAGAUCCGCGACGAGGGCGCCGUCGGUCGUGGCUCGCGCCCCAAGGCCGGCCUCUCGGGCUUCACCGUGUCGAACCUCCUCAUCCCCGACUUUGUCCAGCCGUGGGAGACCGACUUUGGCAAGCCGGCGCACAUCGCGUCGUCGCUCGACAUCAUGCUCGAGGGCCCGCUCGGCUCGUCGGCGUUCAACAACGAGUUCGGCCGCCCGGGCCUGACGGGCUACUUCCGCACGUUCGCCGAGGAGGUGCCCGCGCUCGACAAGGACGGCAACCGCGCGAGCGAGAUCCGCGGGUACCACAAGCCGAUCAUGAUCGCCGGCGGGUACGGCACCGUCCGCCCCGAGUUCGCGCUCAAGGACAAGAUCACGCCGGGCGCUCGCCUCAUCGUGCUCGGCGGGCCGGGCAUGCUCAUCGGCCUCGGCGGCGGUGCGGCGUCGUCGAUGGCGUCGGGCUCGUCGUCGGCCGACCUCGAUUUUGCGUCGGUGCAGCGCGAGAACCCCGAGAUGCAGCGCCGGUGCCAGCAGGUGCUCGACACGUGCGUCUCGCUCGGCGAGCGCAACCCGAUCCAGUCGGUGCACGACGUCGGCGCCGGCGGCCUGUCGAACGCGCUCCCCGAGCUCGUUCACGACGCCGACCUCGGCGGCGAGUUCGAGAUCCGCGACGUCCUCGUCGACGACCCGGGCAUGUCGCCGAUGGAGAUCUGGUGCAACGAGUCGCAGGAGCGGUACGUGCUCGCCGUCGGCCCGGCCGACCUCGAGCGGUUCGAGGCGAUCGCGCGCCGCGAGCGGUGCCCGUACGCCGUCGUCGGCACGGCGACCGAGGAGCAGAAGCUCGUCGUCAAGGACCGCCUCCUCAAGGAGGACGCCAUCAACCUGCCCAUGUCGCUCCUGUUCGGCAAGCCGCCGCGCAUGCACCGCAAGGCCGUCACGCUCGACCAGCCGCGCGACGCGUUCGACUCGUCGCUCAAGCAGUACCUCCCCGCCGCCGAGUCGACCCGUGACGUCCUCGACCUCGCCGUCGAGCGCGUCCUGCACCUGCCCUCGGUCGGGUCCAAGUCGUUCCUCAUCACGAUCGGCGACCGCUCCAUCUCGGGCCUCGUCGCGCGCGACCAGAUGGUCGGGCCCUGGCAGGUGCCCGUCGCCGACGUCGCCGUCACGCAGGCGACGUACGGCUUCGACGUCGUCGCCGGCGAGGCCAUGGCCAUGGGCGAGCGCACGCCGCUCGCGCUCCUGUCGCCCGCCGCGUCGGCCCGCAUGGCCGUCGCCGAGUCGCUCCUCAACCUCGUCGCGGCCGACAUCCCGACGCUCGACCACGUCAAGCUGUCGGCCAACUGGAUGACGGCCGCGUCGCACAACGGCGGCAACGAGGGCAAGGCGCUGUUCGAGGGCGUCGAGGCGAUCGGCAUGGACCUGUGCCCCAAGCUCGGCGUCAGCAUCCCUGUCGGCAAGGACUCGAUGUCGAUGGCCAUGGACUGGAACGACGCCCAGGGCGAGCGCAAGACGGUCACGGCGCCGAGCUCGCUCGUCGUCACGGCCUUCUCGCCCGUCGUCAACGUCGCCAAGACGUGGACGCCCGAGCUUCAAGUUCUCGACGAGCCGACCGUCCUCGUCUUCUUCGACCUCGCGGCGGGCAAGCAGCGUCUCGGCGGCUCGGCGCUCGCGCAGGUGUUCAAGCAGCUCGGCUCGGACGCACCCGACGUCGAGGACGCCAAGGUCCUCAAGGCGUUCCUCACGGCGUGCCGCGAGAUCCGCGUCGAGCACCCCGACCUCGUCCUCGCGUACCACGACCGCUCGGACGGCGGUCUCUUGACGACGAUCGUCGAGAUGUGCUUCGCCGGUCGCGUCGGUGCCGAGAUCAUGGUCGACGCGUUCAAGAAGGACGACGAUGCGGUCGCAGCCCUGUUCAACGAGGAGCUCGGCGCCGUCUUCCAGGUUCGCCAGGCCGACGUCCCGGCCCUGUCGCAGGCCUUCAUCCGGGCCGGCGUCCCGUCGACGGCGAUCCACCCGAUCGGCCGUGUCGCCUCGAGCCGUGACGACCAGGCCGUCAGCAUCGCGUCGGGCGGUGCGCUCCUUUGGUCGUCGACGCGUGCGGCCCUGCAGCAGCAGUGGGCCGAGACGUCGUACCGCAUGCAGGCGCUGCGCGACAGCCCCGAGGGCGCCCUCGAGGAGUUCGAGAACAUCGCCGACGACCAGCACCGCGGCCUGUACUACGACCUCAAGUUCGACCCGGCCGAGGUCCUCGCCGACCCGCUCCUCGAGAAGCUCACGAGCCUCAACGACCGGCCCAAGGUCGCCAUCCUCCGCGAGCAGGGCGUCAACGGCCACAUCGAGAUGGCUUGGUCGUUUGCCCAGGCCGGCUUCGCGUCGGUCGACGUCCACAUGUCGGACCUCAUCUCGGGCCGAGUGUCGCUCGCCGACUUCAAGGGCGUCGCCGCGUGCGGCGGCUUCUCGUACGGCGACGUCCUCGGCGCCGGCAAUGGGUGGGCCAACUCGAUCUUGCUCAACGCCAACGCGCGCAAGGAGUUUGAGCACUUCUUCAAGCAGCGCUCGGACACGUUCGCGCUCGCCGUGUGCAACGGGUGCCAGCUCUUUGCGCAGCUCGGGCCCGACCUCGUCCCGGGCACCGAGCAGUGGCCCCUGUUCAAGCAGAACCUGUCGGGCCGGUUCGAGGGCCGCGCGUGCCUCGUGCGCGUCGAGGACACGCCGACGACGCGCGGCAGCGUCUUCCUCUCGUCGCUCGCCGGCUCGACGCUCCCGAUCGCGGUCGCGCACGGCGAGGGCCGCGCGACGUACGUCGAGCCGGCGUCGGUUGCCUCGGGUCGCGACAGCGUCGUGCUGCGGUACGUCGACCCGACGACGGGCGCGCCGACCGAGCGGUACCCGUUCAACCCGAACGGCUCGCCCGAGGGCGCGACGGGCGUCACGGCGCUCGGCGGGCGCGUCCUCGCCAUGAUGCCGCACUCGGAGCGCGUCACGCAGAAGACGAGCAACAGCUGGUACCCGCGCGAGGUGCGCGACGAGUGGAAGGGCGUCGGCCCUUGGUUCUCUAUGUUUGUCAACGCCCGGAGGUGGGUCAACUAGAGCUCGUCGGUGGAGCAAACCCUUUUGUAUUCUUUCUCUAUCUCUCGCUCUCAUAGUCUGUCAACGUGCGCCCUGUUUCGGUCC